AUGACCUUCCAGGAGCCCAUCUGGCAAUGGCUUCGAGCGCGCGACGACAACGAAACUCCCGCCGAAGAGCUUCUGAACCUGCUCAAAGAUCCCUUCUCAGGCACACUCGCAUCAGCUUCCGUUUACUCUGCGCUGGGUACUUCUCUCGGCUUCACGGCCAUCGUCGCCCUGUUGUUCUCUUUCCUAAGACCCUACAACCAGGCCGUCUACGCCCCAAAGCUAAAGCAUGCCGACGAGAAGCACGCUCCGCCGCCUCUGGGCAAGAAGCCAUGGUCAUGGGUCCUCCCCUUGAUGAGCACGCAUGAGGAAAAGCUGAUGCAGCAGAUUGGCAUGGAUGCCACCAUUUUCUUGCGCGUUAUGCGCAUGUGUCGCAACAUCUUCGUGAUCCUCGCUGUCGUCGGCGUCAGUGUUCUUAUUCCCGUUCAUUACAAAAUGUCCACACCAGAUUCAAACACUGUCCAAGACUCGACCAGUUGGAUCUUGCAAAUCACGCCCUUGAAUGUCUGGGGUCGCCCUUUGUGGGUCCAGGUCGUCAUUGCUUGGGUCUUUGAUAUUGUCGUCUGCUUCUUUCUUUGGUGGAACUACCGCAGAAUCACGCAGCUUCGUCGCAAGUAUUUUGAGAGUGAAGACUACCAAAACAGUCUGCACUCGCGAACGCUCAUGCUGUAUGAUAUUCCCAAGCAAGGAUGUUCUGAUGAGGGCAUUGCGCGUAUCAUUGAUGGCGUCGCUCCCAACUCGUCUUUCGCGCGAACUGCCAUUGCCCGAAACGUCAAGGAUCUUCCUGACCUCAUUGCGGCGCACGACCGAGCUGUUCGCAAACUGGAAAAAGUACUGGCCAUCUAUCUCAAAAAUCCCAAUAACCUGCCGCCGCGGCCGACUUGCAAGCCCUCCAAGAAGGAUCGUUCGUAUGGAACCUACCCCAAGGGCCAACGACUAGACGCCAUUGAGUACUACACUCAGCGAAUUCGAGAACUCGAGGUGGAAGUCAAAGAGGUUCGUGCCAGUGUUGAUAAGCGAAGCUCCAUGCCUUUUGGCUUUGCCAGUUACUCAGAGGUCGCCGAGGCGCAUGAGAUUGCCUACAUCACCCGCCGGAAGAAGCCCCAUGGCACGACAAUUAAGCUGGCGCCCAAGCCCAUCGACAUCAUCUGGCCGAAUAUGCCACUGUCUAGCUCCACUCGAAGUCGCCGGAGAUGGUUCAACAGUCUCUGGAUCAUCCUUCUCACCUUUUUCUGGAUUGCUCCCAACGCCAUGAUCGCCAUCUUCCUUGUCAACUUGAGCAACCUCGGCAAGGUCUGGAAGGGUUUUCAGAAUUCUCUCGAGUCAGACACCAAAUUCUGGGGCAUUGUCCAGGGAAUCGCCUCACCUGCCAUCACAUCUGGUGUCUAUCUGGCUCUCCCCGUCAUCUUCCGACGACUGUCCAUCAGGGCAGGAGACAAGACCAAGACGGGACGUGAGAGACACGUCAUGGCCAAGCUCUAUUCCUUCUUCGUCUUCAACAACCUCAUCGUCUUCUCCUUCUUCAGCGUCAUCUGGUCUUUUGUGGUUUCCGUCAUCAACGACGCAGACAAGGGCGAGAAUGCGUGGGAUGCGAUUAUCAAGGAGGAUCUUGCCGCCAGUAUUUUCAUUGCCUUUUGCAGAAACAGCCCAUUCUGGAUCACCUAUCUCCUGCAGCGACAACUUGGUGCCGCCAUUGAUCUCGCUCAAAUGUGGCCGUUGAUCAAUGCAUUCUUCACAAAGACCUUUUCUAGCCCUACGCCCCGAGAGCUCAUUGAAUUGACGGCGCCGCCGGCGUUUGACUAUGCCAGCUAUUACUGCUAUUUCCUGUACUACUCGACAGUCACGCUGUGCUUCGCGGGCAUCCAACCACUCGUCCUCAUCGCAACGGCGCUGUAUUUUACCAUUGACUCUUUCCUCAAGAAGUAUCUGAUCUUGUACCGCUUCGUCACCAAAACGGAGUCGGGUGGUUUGUUCUGGCGAGUCAUUUUUAACCGCUUCAUCUUUGGCACCAUCUUGUCCAACGGCGUCUUUUUGUUGACGUGCUGGGUUCGCGGAGACGGAACGCACCUUCAAUUUUUCUGCGUGUGCCCCCUGCCAGUCCUCUUGAUCUUCUUCAAGAUUUACUGUGGAAAUGCCUAUGACGACCGGAUGCGAUACUACAAGACAAGAGGGGCAAUCAGACAGGAUGGCCAGAAUGCUGCGCAAAAGGAGAACAAUCUCCGAAACGAGAAGCUUGCCAGCCGAUUCGGUCACCCAGCUCUGUACAAGCCACUCAUCACCCCCAUGGUUCACCAGAAGGCGCAAAAUCUGCUUCCGUCCGUUUACUCGGGACGACUGACGGAUGGCAGGGACGUGGGCCCUGCCGGCGACUUGAUGAGCGUCAGUGGCUAUUCAGACAUGUAUGCCCUCAAUUCCAUGCAGGGCGGCAAGCCAGGCAAGGCAGCCGAUGGAGUGCCCGGAUUCGAGUACGUCUCAGAGUCUCAGAUGGACUUUGAGUACUACAAGAACCGAGCAGAGUUUACUGAAGAGCACGGUGGUGGCGAGAUUUACGGCAAGGAGCUUGACGGGUACCGGCCCGGAACGCCCGGCUCAUUGGACAGCGGCUCCAGGCCAGGGACGCCAUCCAACCGCCAUGCCACGCCGUUUUCGCCUGCAAACGUGAGACUGCCGCCGCCCCACGAAACAGCCUACCGACCCAGCCCCUAUGGCGAGGACUCAAUCAACAGGCAUCGCAGUCCGCUCUAUUCUCAAGAGAACUCCAGCUCGUCUGGGUUGGUGCACAACGCUGUCGGCCCUGCCAUGGCGCCACCAAUGUCAUAUAGGAAUGUAUCCCAUGAGCGGUCACAGAGCCCUGCUUUGGAAAAGCCCUUUGGAGGCUAUCAAGAAGUACCCCUAGAUCGAGCUCGGAGUCCAGCGGUAGGCUCGCCAGCCCAGACUCCUGGUGUAGGAAUCGGCGGACCUCGAGGAUACGCUGGCGUUCCCCAGUACGAGGACGCAGAAACCCCGGAAGCGGAUCCUAUGCAGUAUAACUACUUCAGAGGGGGAUCUAAAUCGUCAAAGCCUCCUGGACAAGGCUGGUAA